GUGUUACCCGGAAGUAGUUCUGUAAAGGCUGCAUGCUUCACAAAGUGCAGGCACAUCCUGUGCAGGAAUAGAAUCUUGACAUAAUUGACGUGUGUGUGAGAGCAGUGAUUCACUGAUACAUUGUAUCUGUGCAUGAAAGAAAAUACAGAGAGCAUCGGGGGAGACCUAUAGUUCUGUAGACACAUGGACAUUUAGAAUAUACAGAUAUAAAAAUAAUUUUAUUAUUACUGGGGGGGCUGUGGGGCUUUGCUGUUGGAAAUCUCGUAAUAUCUGAAUUUUGGAGAUCUGAAAUCGUGGAAGAUUGUGAGCAGAAAUGAUUAUUCCAGAAUUAAACAAGGAGACAGUUCGUAUGAGGGAUCCUGAAAAGGUUCGUAAGAUUAUCAUGGCAUUGCAGAAAGGAGGAGAGCAAAAACUGCAGGUCAUCUCUGACUUUGACAUGACAUUGAGUCGGUUCGGGUAUAACGGGGAGAGAUGUCCUACUUGUUAUAAUAUCAUCGACAACAGCAAGAUCGUAAGUGAAGAUUGCAGGAAAAAGUUGAAAGAACUUUUCAACAUCUACUAUCCUCUUGAGAUUGAUCCCAAACGAACUACCCAGGAAAAAUAUCCUCUUAUGAUCGAAUGGUGGAGUAAAGCACACACUCUCCUCUGUGAGCAGAAGAUCCAGAAGGAAAAACUAACACAAGUCGUGCAGGAGUCUCAGGCCAUGCUGAGAGAAGGCUUCCAGGUGUUUUUUGACAGUCUUAACCGCAGCGAGAUACCUCUGUUUAUUUUCUCUGCCGGUAUUGGCGAUGUUCUUGAGGAGAUAAUCCGUCAAGCCGGCGUCUUUCAUCCCAACAUCAAAGUUGUCUCCAACUACAUGGACUUUGAUGACAAUGGUAUCCUGAUUGGGUUCAAGGGUGAAUUAAUCCACACUUACAACAAAAACAAUACAGUUCUGAGGGACACAGAGUACUUCCAGAAGAUCAAAGACCGUACCAACAUCCUGCUUCUUGGAGAUACCUUGGGUGACUUGACUAUGGCCGAUGGAGUCGCCAGUUUGGAUAACAUCCUUAGGAUUGGCUUCCUCAAUGAUAAGGUGGAGGAGCAGACAGAACUUUUUCUACAGUCUUAUGACAUUGUGCUGGUCCAAGAUGAGACACUCGAUGUAGCGAAUGGUAUCUUGAAGUACAUAAUGGCCAAGAAUUGAAUUUCUUUCACGAGAACCAAAACCGACUAUGCAGAAAUUCCUUCCUUACAACCAGUAUAAGGAUCUUGGAG